UUACCCCUACAGGUGGCCGUAUUCCUGGUGGUGGUGGGCGUGACUUUGGCGCUCCCACACUCUCCCCACCCCGAAAAGUUAAUGCCUUAUAAGUUCGGGUAUGAGGUUUCCGACAGCUACAGCGGCCAAUACUUCGACCAUAAGGAAUACUCUGACGGCACUGUGGUGAAGGGCAAGUACUCCGUGGACCUCCCAGACGGUCGCCAGCAGACGGUGGAGUACAGAGCCGACCCCGACAGCGGCUACCAGGCUGAUGUGUCUUACAGGGGACCAGGGCAACACCAACACAAUAACGGACACCAUCACUGAUCAACCACACCCGCCUAUUGAUCAACCACACCCGCCUACUGAGCACCCACACCAGCCUACUGAGCACCCACACCCGCCUACUGAGCACCCACACCAGCCUACUGAACAUCUCCGCCCGUCAACUGAAGAAUCUAAGAGUGUCCUUGACCAAUCAAUGAGCAACCAUGACAGUAUAGACUCUCACUUACUUGAACACGGAAUGAACACAAAAUUAUCCACCCUGGGAGUCUAUACACCUCCAUCUGAACGUCCACUGUGAAGAAGACUUAUUGACGUCCAGAAAACUUACUAUAAUAUAAUCUAAAACUCAUACCUCUUACCUUAAACUAUCUAUUAACAGUGUCCCCCACCCCCCAGAACAAUGAUAUGAGAAUGUUAUAUCAUCUAAAACUUCCUAUGCCACAAUAUAUGAAAACAAUAUGUACGUGUAUUUCCUGUUUUAAAUAGAAAAUUAACAAUA